AUGACUUAUAUAUAUACAAAUGAAGAUGAAAUUGAUAUUGAACUUAAAUGUAGUAUAUGUAAUGAACCAUUUCAAUCACCAAUGAAUUGUAAAUCAUGUGGAAAUACGUAUUGUCAAGAAUGUAUUAUGCAAUGGAUGCAACAACAAUUAUCUUGUCCAUCAUGUCGACAAAUAGGCAAUCAAUUUUUACCUGUCAUUAGUCGAGUUGUAUUAAAUCAAUUAAAUCGUUUAUUAGUUCAAUGUACAUUAUGUCAACAAAUGAAUAUUCAACGAAGUAAUUUUAAUGAUCAUAUAUCUUGUACAUGUCCAAGACAAAUAGUUAAUUGUAUCGAUAAUUGUGGAUGGAAAGGUUGUCGAGAAAAUCUUCAAGAACAUUUAAUAGAAUGUCGUCGAAAACAAUUGCUUACAGAUCAUAUUUCAAAAUACUGGAAAAAUAUAGCUUUUGUUAUUUUAGCCAUUCUCUUUUUUUAUAUAAUAAAACCACAUGAUAAUAAAAAAUAUUAA